CACGAGCUCGAACUCACGCGCGACUAUUUCACGAGGAUAACCACAGGCGCGAGGACUGUAAAAGGAGACUAUCCGGGGAGAAAAAAUAUUUUACGCACAUCUGAGAUUCUCCGACCUCCGCGAGCGGGUGCAUGUGCGCGUUUUCUCGGACUGGAUGAAAAUGAUGCAAAGUGCGGCUGUGUUGCCCGGCGAGAGCGCGGUGAAGGGUCUGCCGGACAUCCUCGGAGUGCCACUGCAACAGAUCCCUCAGUGCGCAGGCUGCAGUCAACACAUCCUGGAUAAGUUUAUUUUGAAGGUGUUGGAUCGACACUGGCACUCAAAAUGUCUCAAGUGCGCCGACUGUCACGCGCUCCUAGCAGACAAGUGUUUCUCUCGCGCGGGGAAUGUCUACUGUAAAGAGGAUUUCUUCAAGCGUUUUGGGACAAAAUGUGCAUCGUGCCAGCAGGGGCUCCCCCCGACGCAGGUGGUCCGGAAAGCUCAGGACUUUGUGUACCACCUUCACUGCUUCGCUUGUGUAAUGUGCAAUAGGCAGCUGGCCACCGGUGAUGAGUUCUACCUCAUGGAGGACGGGAGGCUCGUGUGCAAGGAGGACUACGAAACAGCCAAACAAAAUGAUGAUUCAGAGACAGGAGCAAAACGUCCACGAACCACCAUCACAGCCAAACAGCUGGAGACGCUCAAAAGCGCCUACAAGAACUCGCCUAAGCCUGCACGACAUGUGCGCGAGCAGCUCUCCUCAGAAACGGGCCUGGACAUGAGAGUAGUGCAGGUGUGGUUUCAAAACAGGCGAGCAAAAGAGAAACGGCUGAAGAAGGACGCUGGUCGGCACCGCUGGGGUCAGUUCUACAAAAGCGUCAAACGCAGUCGAGGGUCCAGUAAGACGGAGAAGGAGAGCUCAGCCGAUGAUGCAGGACUCAGCGAUAGCGAACUUAGUUUCAGAGAAGACCAAAUCCUGUCAGACCUUGGUCAUGCUAACGGCUUGUAUGGAAGCGUCGGAGAUGUCACGAACGGCAACAUGCUUAACGGGAGCUUCUCCCUGGAGGGGGGUGGGCAGCCAUACCAUGACCUGCGGGCAGGAAGUCCCUACGGCCUGCCACAGUCCCCCUCAUCCAUCACUUCCCUCCCAGGCCACACCCCGCUGCUCAACAACUUAGGCUUCAACAUAGACGGCAUCAUGGGUCAGGGCGGUCAGCCCAAUGUAGGUCAAGCUCUGAGAGCAAUGGCCGGCGGACCCACCUCUGACCUGUCGACAGGAAGCAGCACGGGCUACCCAGACUUCCCCACCAGCCCUGCCUCGUGGCUUGAUGAAAUGGACCACUCCCAGUUCUGAGGUCAAAGGUCAUAAUGGAAAGUGCAGUACUAUGGACAAGAAAUCUGAAGAUUUUAUAGACGUCUUUCCCAGAACUGGUGACGUUUGUGUGGCGAGGCCCAAAACAGCACCUACUUUAACACGGUGGCUUGACUUUGCUAAAUGGCGCGCUGAUACGAGCAACCCACCGUGGAAUGUCUGCGCUGUAUCAUAAUUUUGUAAUUCAUGUUUUUUCAUUGUUCUCAAAACUGGAUUGGACGAUUUCCAGCAUGAAAUGGCGUGCAGCUGCGAAUGGCGUUCAAACCCCAGACCACCCUGGAAACACAAUCACGAUCCACCACGUUUUUGAGAACAAGAGGGUCCAUGCAUGCUUCCGAAUGAGGAAGAGAACUGUCCACAUUCAAAAUGGCGACGCACUUUACUGUAUAUUCCUCCUCAACUGCACACGGCAGGCUGAAUACAGGAAAGAGAGGAGCGCACCGAACAAGGAGAGAUAUUUAAACAAGUGGCACAAGUGUAUCUUUCCUACUUACAAGGGUUUGGGAUUUUGAUGGUUGAAACUUUCUAAACGACUCUACUAGAGAUGGCCCUUCACAUUAGGUCUGAACAAUAGAUCAAAAUUAUUUUUAAUAAUGAUGAAUCCGCAUGCACUGCUCUGAG